AUGCCGCUUCAGAUUUGGGGAGGGCCUGCUGGUGCAGGGGGUUCUUCUGCAUUAUCGGGAUCCUUGCGUGUUGAGAAAACGUGCUCCCUUGCCCCUGGCAUCCCCCCUGUGGCGUUGCCUGGGGGGAAACGUCGAGUCUGCAGCAGCACAUUUGCGGAGGCUUCGGAGUCGGAGGAGGACGACUGCGUUCAUGUGCUGCCUUUGGGGGCAGGCUGCGAGGUGGGGCGUUCGUGUGUAGUGGUGUCGUACAGAGGGUUCAAGAUUAUGUUUGAUUGCGGCAUCCACCCUGCGCAUAGCGGCAUAGGGGCCUUGCCUCUCUUCGAUGGCGAGGAGAUGCACAAAGUCGACGUUUGUCUGAUUACUCACUUCCACUUAGACCACUGCGGAGCUCUCCCCUACCUCCUGACGAAGACAGCCUUCAGAGGUCGCGUCUUCAUGACACAGCCAACACGCCUCAUCUGCCGCUUGCUGUGGCAAGACUACGCGCGUAUGGGUCGUUUCUCGGAGGGAGAAGGCGGGGAGCUCUCCCUUUUCACGGAGGAUGACAUUGCCUAUACGCUGCAAGUCGUGGAAACUCUCGAAUUCAGACAGCAGGUAACCGUCGGUCCCGCCAAGAUCGCCUGCUACGGCGCUGGCCAUGUUGUUGGGGCGUGCAUGUUUGUGGUCGAAAUCGGCGGAGUUCGCAUGCUAUACACGGGAGAUUUCAGCAGAGAGCAAGACAGACAUGUGCCUAUCGCGGAAAUUCCAGAUACAGACAUUCACGUUCUCAUCAGCGAGAGCACCUACGGGGUUCGCGUGCACGAGGCUAGACCCUUGCGGGAGCGUCGUCUUCUACGCGCGAUUUCAGACGCAGUUUCCCGGGGGGGCAAAGUUUUGCUGCCAGUUUUUGCUCUUGGACGAGCGCAGGAGCUGCUGCUCAUCCUCGAUGAUCACUGGCGUAGCCACCCGGCGCUGCAACGCGUCCCUAUCUUCUUUGUCUCGCCCCUCAGUGCGAAGAGCAUGGCCGUCUUCGAGGCAUUCGUCGAUCUGUGCGGCGACGAACUCAGGCAAAGGGCUCUACAGGGAGAAAAGCCCUUCGACUUGCGGCAUGUUCACAUUGUUCGUUCUUUGGACGACAUUGCAGCACACAUUCAUGGGGUUACCCCGUGCGUGCUGCUGGCGGCUCCCGGAAUGCUUCAGUCUGGACCUUCUCGCGACGCCUUCGAAGCGUGGGGGGGUUCUGCGAGGAAUCUGAUUGUCUUGACGGGUUACACUGUGCGAGGCACGCUAGCAGACGACGUUCGGAGGGAGCAAGAGGUCCUCCAGCUGCCGGAUCGGCAGUUCCGUCGGCGUUGCCAGGUGGAAGUCAUCUCCUUCUCGGCUCACUCAGACUACAAUCAAACGCGAGACUUCAUUGAGCGGCUGCGAGUGCCAAACGUUGUUCUCGUCCACGGAGAGAGGACGGAGAUGAAGCGUCUGCAAGAAAAGCUGCUGCAAGAGAACCCCGCGCUGUCGGUGUUCACCCCCGAGAUCCUCCAGUCGGUAGCUUUGCGUUUCCAGCCCAACAGAUGCGCAAUCGCCAUAGGCAGCGCAGCCGAAGGUUUGCAGCAGCUCAUGAAACGCAAGCAAAAAUCGCAGAUCCAAGGCAGUUCCGACAACUCGCAGGAGGAGGAGGCGGGCCCAGAGGGGAAGGUGAACGCGAAGGCAGUUGCCUUCCCCCCAGGAUGCGUGGAGAAAGAGAAGGAAAGGGAGCAACAGGAGGCAGAGGAUAAGGAUGAAAAGGAGGACUUUGACGCCUUGCUGAUGAUGCAACCAGGAAGGCAGCCGCUUCUCGUGGCUGCAGCAGAAAUGGAAGCGCUCACAGGCGUUGCAUGCGCUUCCCUGCAGCAGCAAAUUCGGCUCCCCUUUCCUCUCCCCUUGCAGGUUCUUGCGGAUGCAGCAGCCGAUAUCUUCGACGCGGUGCAACCUUUGGAGUGUAUGUGCCUCAGCAACACGGGUGCCGCAGGCAGCAGCGACAGGGAAGCAGAGAGGGCCGAGACAUCCCCCGUCUGCUGCAGCGACGAGCAGUGUUGCGCCUUCCUAGUUGCAGACUGCGUCAGCGUCCAGCGCGUAGCGCAGGAAGGAGCCUCGCGGAGUGUCUCUUCGCUGCAAGCUCCGGAGGCGGAGGGGGAACCCCUUGCUGCUGCUAGCCUUGCAAACGCGAAGGCGGCUCCUCCGAGCAGGAGGUGGAUCGAAGUUUGCUGGAAUUCAAGCCCUACAGCGGACUUGGUAGCAGACUCCCUGUUGUUUCUGGCAUGCGAUCUCCUUCGUCCAACUCUGCGGAAUCCCUCUGCAACAAGAGAGGCUCUCAACGACUCGCCUACAGGAGGCACUCACGGCUGCAAGAUUGCGCAAGACGGCGAAGACUCCACGGACCAGACGGAGCUCCUUCUUCUGCAAGUCAUUCAGCAGCACCUCGAGGAGCAUUUCGGGGAGGUCCUCCUCUGCCGAAAACGCAGACAGCCGCCGCGCAGCACCAGCACCCCCUCCCAAGCAGAAGGCUUGCCAGAGGCAGCAGAAAACGGAGCAACAGGGCCUGAUGCCUAUGAGGAGGUUCCACUAGCCGAAGUUUUGGCUGCGGACGGCGCCGUGGAGGGCCUGUGCCUCACCUUCUACACAGCUGCUGAACAAACAGCCACAGCAGCGAAUCCAACGGCCACAGCAGAUCCUCCUCAAGCUGCAACUCCACCUCAAGCCACGGGGGGUUGCAGCGUGCAUGUGUGUGUUGACUUCUUUGAACGCCAGGUACACUGCACUGACGCCUCCGUGCAAGAACGCGUCCGAAGUAUGGUAUCUCGUGUAGAGAAGGCCUUCCUCCCGCUGGAUUUCCCCUACUGA